UUUGUGGGGACGGCAGACGAGCGUCGCAAUCGGGGAAUUUCUUGCGUUUCUUUCCACUUUAAAGGGAAAUCACUGCCGAGAAGCACCAGUGAAUGUAAUCUUGAACCUUUCUCACACCCGGUGCAGUAGGAGGAGACUAUUUUAAUGCAAUGUAAUUUUUAUAGUGGGACCUUUGAAUCCAGGGGAAUCUUGACUAGCUAACCAUGGCUCGAACUCGGACCCAGGGAGAAGAUUUCACCUUCGUCAACCCUGUUGUUAAAUAUUUACUGUUUCUGUUUAACAUGCUGUUCUGGAGCAUCUCCAUGGUGAUGGUUGCUAUCGGUUUGUAUGCCAGAGUCAUGAAGCAUGCAGAGGCUGCCAUGGCCUGCCUUGCAGUGGACCCUGCCAUCCUCCUCAUCGUGGUGGGCGCACUGAUGUUCCUGAUCACAUUCUGUGGCUGUAUAGGAUCGCUGCGUGAGAACAUCUGCCUGCUGCAGACAUUCUCUAUCUGCCUGACGCUGAUUUUUUUGCUACAGUUGGUCGCCGGAGUUCUAGGCUUUGUCUUUUCAGAUAAGGCCCGAUCAAAGGUCAGUGAGAUCAUCGACAGCGCAAUAGUCCACUACCGCGAUGACCUGGAUCUCCAAAACCUCAUUGACUAUGGACAGAAGCAGUUCAGCUGUUGCGGUGGAAUCUCAUACAAGGACUGGAGCCUCAACAUGUACUUUAACUGCACACUGGAGAACCCCAGCCGGGAGCGCUGCUCCGUGCCCUAUUCCUGCUGCCUGCGCUCUAAGGAGAAAGUGAUCAACACCAUGUGCGGUCAGGGGAUGCAAGACCUGGACUACUUGGCAGCAGAAGAAUACAUCUACACCAAUGGGUGCAUCGACAAGUUGGUCAACUGGAUCCAUAGCAACCUCUUCCUGUUGGGAGGGGUGGCCCUGGGCUUCGCAAUCCCACAGUUGGUGGGAAUUCUUCUCUCCCAGAUCCUCAUCAACCAGAUCAAAGAUCAGAUUGAACUCCAGAAGUACAACAGCCAGCACAGAGCAGACCCAUGGUACUGACCCCUGCCUGCUACACAACACCACCUCCACCCCAACACUACAGCUAUUCACAUACUGGAGGAGGCACGCUGUUCCCCUGGAGCUCUUUUACAAGUUGCUGGUGUGAAGACCAAUCAAAUUCUGAAGCCUUUUGUUUCUUUGCUCAGGAAGGACUGCAGCCCAUUGGGAUUGUCAGAGUGCCACCUUCAUUCUUGGUGCAUUAUACGCAUUGUGAUCACAGGAUGAAAAGGCCCACAGGAGCUGUGUUUUAAAUUUAAUCUCUCAUCUAGCCCAUCAACUUCAAGUUUAACUAAUCCAUUUGUUUUAUAAAUAUCUAUAGUUGGAGGUCCUGUUAUGGCUGUCAUGUACUGGUGUAUAGAACAAUGUCCCACAUACAUCAUUGGUACUGGCCUGAUCUCUCUCCCCUUCUCAUUGUGGUCGUGCACUUGUCUUUUAAGGGAUUUGUUCAUCCGUUCCUGGUAAACUCUGCUAAUCUGUGCCUAUGUUGCCUUUGUGAAGCUCUCUGUGCCUCUAUUGCUGUCUUUACUUUGUUCCUGUAUGUUACUGUUAAUUGGUCAAUUUUUUGUUGAUGUUUUACUGUGCCUCUUUGUCUCUCUCGGAAGGACAAUCUGGGGUGAAUUUGGUAACUCCCAAAUGUUUACCUGUCGGAGGGUGUUCAAAAUCAAGUGCUUCCUGGGUCAAUUACCUAAAUCUAGCACUAAGUGGGGGGAAGUACUUUCUGACUUAUGGUGUUAGAGUAUUGAAAAGGAUGUUAUGAUUGGAAAAGCCACAUUACUGUAUGUGCAUACUUGGGGGGAAGGGGUAAAUGUUGUCUACCUGUUAAUUUAAUUUUUUUGCUAAAUUAAAUAUUUUUGUCUUUUAAUAAAAUAUAUAAUCU